UAAUCUUAAUCACGUAAUUUUUAUACGAAAUAAGUAAAAUAAAUCAGGGAUUUAACCGGAGUAGGCUUUAAAAUAAAUUAAAUAUCGGCGAUUUAUGUCGCGUAUCGCGGAGUUACCAUAGCAACAGUGGGUGUGAAGUUGUCAGGAAGAAGAAUUCAUUACAAGAUGGAAUACGCUAUAGGUCGGGUGUUGUUUACGUGUGUUAAAAUGACAUUUUGAUGGUAAAAUAUCGUAGUUAUUUAAUCCGUCUUAAGUUUAAACAAUUCUAAAUGACAUAAAUAUCAAUCAUGGGCAAUUGCUGUCACCGUGGAAGCAAGAAAAACGUCCAUAAAGGUCGCGAUUUGGUCGGUCCCGUCGACCGAGUGAUCGACAACGAACCCGUCACUAUCAAUUCGUUAUUGCAGACUCACGAGCACCCCAAUCUUCGAUUUCCGGAUCCGAUAUUCGGUAGGAAUGGACCAAAUUUACCUCCAGUUCCGUCUGAUACGGAUUCGAGUUCCGGAGUCUGUAUGAAAGUGUUUGUGGCCCUCUACGAUUACGAUGCAAGGACCGACGAGGAUCUGAGUUUUAAGAAAGGUGAACACUUGGAGAUAUUAAACGAUACUCAGGGAGAUUGGUGGUUCGCUAGGUCCAAGUCUACCAAGCAUGAAGGGUAUAUUCCGUCGAAUUACGUGGCUAAACUCAAAUCUAUCGAAGCUGAAUCAUGGUAUUUUGGAAAGAUAAAAAGGAUAGAAGCAGAGAAAAAAUUACUUUUGCCAGAAAAUGAACAUGGCGCUUUCUUAAUUCGUGACAGUGAAAGCCGAAGAAAUGAUUUUUCACUUUCAGUUCGAGACGGAGAUACGGUAAAACACUAUCGCAUCAGACAGUUGGACGAGGGCGGGUUUUUUAUAGCGCGAAGAACCACCUUUCGAACGUUGCAAGAGCUAGUCGAACACUACAGUAAAGACGCCGAUGGCCUGUGUGUCAAUCUGUGCAAAUCGUGUAUUCAGAUAGAAAAACCGACUCCGACCGGUUUAUCACACAAUACCAGGGACCAAUGGGAAAUCGAUCGUAGCUCUUUGAAAUUUGUUCGAAAGUUAGGCCAGGGCCAGUUUGGAGAAGUCUGGGAAGGACUGUGGAAUAAUACAACACCGGUGGCAAUAAAAACACUGAAACCAGGAACAAUGGAUCCAAAAGAUUUCCUGGCAGAAGCACAAAUAAUGAAAAAACUUCGUCAUCCAAAAUUAGUGCAGUUGUACGCAGUCUGCACUUUGGAAGAACCAAUCUACAUAAUUACCGAACUGAUGAAACACGGAAGUCUCUUGGAAUAUCUGCAAGGGAAAGGAAGAUCUUUGAAAUUACCUCAGCUCAUCGAUAUGGCCGCGCAAAUAGCGGCAGGCAUGGCCUACUUAGAGUCUCAAAACUACAUCCAUCGCGACCUGGCGGCCAGAAACAUCUUAGUGGGAGAAAAUAACAUCGUUAAGAUCGCCGACUUCGGUCUGGCUCGACUCAUUAAAGAGGACGAAUACGAAGCGAGAGUGGGUGCCAGAUUCCCCAUCAAGUGGACCGCCCCCGAAGCAGCCAACUACAGCAAAUUUUCUAUAAAAUCCGACGUUUGGUCGUUUGGCAUAUUACUGACCGAACUAGUCACUUACGGAAGAAUUCCAUAUCCGGGUAUGACAAAUGCGGAAGUUCUUCAUCAAGUGGAGCACGGCUAUCGCAUGCCGUGUCCGCCGGGCUGCCCUUCCACGCUGUACGAAAUCAUGUUGGACUGUUGGCACAAAGAUCCCAUGAAAAGGCCAACAUUCGAAACCCUGCAGUGGAAGUUGGAAGACUUCUUCACAAUGGAAGGAUCCGAAUACAAGGAAGCUUCCAUCGCUUAUUGAUUUCGUUCCAAAGUUUAAAAAAAAAAAAUAUGUAAUUUAAUACCAAAGUUUCGAACCGGCAG